UUAUCACUUGUGUUGUGCCUUUUAAACAGUGGAAGCCAGCUGUAAAGAUUCAUGGAUAAUUUCUAUGAAUGUUGAUGAGUCCACAUCCUUACAAUUGCAACAUUACUAUUAUAUGUCAAGGAAGUUGUUCCCAUGUCACAAUUUUCUCUGAAAAUUUAUCUCAUCUUUAUUCACACUGCUCAUACAUAUAUUCACUUUCAGAGUAUUCAUGGCGGCUUAUGCAGCUCUAGUUUCUCUUAUGCAUAUCAUAGAUGAUAUUGAAACUCAUCCUUCACCUCCAAUUUCGCUUGAUAAACAGCAAGUUCAAUCUCUCAUUGAAAAACUUGUCUUGUUGCAGGAAUUUCUAGAAAGCUAUAACUCCCCUUUUGCAUACAGCGACGAAGCAGACCCGUUGGAGAUGCGCAUUGUAGAUGUAGCUCAUGCAGCUGAAGAUGUGAUCGAGUCCUAUAUUAUUGAUACUGUCCAACUUUCUGCAAAAGCAACCAACGACAAUGGUGAUGAACAAGUCAGUUGCAUACACUUGUAUCAAGAUGUGCAAAAUGUGAUAGAAGAAAUGGAUUUGUUGAAGAAAGAGGUGACACAGGAGAAGGUAGUGCACAAGGAUAACAUGGGUUCUGAUGGUGCUGGUUUUAGAUCCAAUUCCACCGAAAAGAACCAUCUCAUGAUAGGGUUUGAUGGUGUGCUGCUUCAACUCCUCAAUAGGCUUACUGAUGGAAACACCAAUCGCCAAAUCAUCCCUAUCGUAGGGAUGGGUGGCAUUGGCAAAACCACUCUUGCAAAAGGUGCGUUUGAACACCGGCUUAUUAAGGAUCAUUUUGAUAUUUGCGUGUGGAUUACCAUUUCCCAAGAAUAUAAUAUAGUAGAAAUUCUUAGGGAAGUUCUCAUUCAAGCAAGAGGGAGCUCGAGCAAUAUGAAUGAGAAUGAUUUACAAGUAGCACUACACAAGUGUUUAUGGGGUAGGAGGUAUCUCAUUAUAUUGGAUGAUAUGUGGAGUAUAGAUGUGUGGGAUAAAUUGAAGUUUUCCUUUCCUGAAUGCAAUGAGGGUAGUCGAAUAGUAGUAACAACUAGGAUGUCGAACUUAGCUGCCCACUUGACUGAUUCCUACAAAGUCUGUAAGAUGAAUUUGCUAGACGAGGAUAGUAGCUGGACUUUGUUCUCCAAAACUGUAUUUGGGGAACAGAGUUUUCCUACUGAUCUCAAGCAAAUUGGAAAGGAAAUUGUGGGAAAGUGUAAUGGACUUCCUUUGGCAAUUGCUGUGGUCGGGGGUCUAAUGGCUAAAUCCAAUUUUACACUAGGAUAUUGGGAGCACAUGCUCGAAAACUUGAGCGCAAUAGUGAAUUCGGAGAAUGAUGAUUAUUGCUUGAAAAUAUUGAAACUUAGCUAUAAUCAUUUGCCAGCCUAUCUAAAGCCUUGUUUUCUUUAUAUGGGAGUGUUUGAGGAAGAUAGAGUAAUUAGUGCUUCAGAAGCUGUCAGGUUAUGGAUUUCUGAGGGAUUUCUGAAACCAAUAAACAACAAAAGCUUGAACACGGUUGCCAAAGAGUACUUGAAAGAGCUAGUUGAUAGAAAUCUGAUUCUAGUUCAUGACUUGGGGUUACUUGGGAAUGUAAAAUCAUGCAAGAUUCAUGAUUUAUUAAGAGAUCUAUGUCUGAAAGAAGCUAAAAAACAGAGGUUUUUUUGUAUCGUGGAAGAACAGAGUCCUCGAGGAAUAACUAACCAGCAUCGCAUUGUUAUUCCGACAAGCACUCCAAAAGAAAAAAUCCGUGAAGCCUUGUACUCUAUGUCACAUGCCCGAACUUAUGUACGUCAUAAAUAUGUAUAUCAAGAAUUGCCAAAUUCUAGAUUUAUGAGGACACUAGAUGCUUAUACUAGCUCAUAUACUGGGUCAGACAACUUGUUUCCUCUUGAAAAUGUGUUUCAUUUGGUGAAUUCACGAUACCUUGCUUUUGGUGCGUAUUGGGAGUCUGUGAUUCCUUCAAUGAAUCUCCUUUGGAAUCUACAUACACUAAUUAUUGCUUGUCGUAAAGAUUUUAUUGCACCAAUCGAAAUUUGGAAAAUGCAUAAACUUAGGUAUGUCCAUUUCACUGAAUGGAAUUUGCAUCUCCCAGAUCCUCCGAGCAUCAACAAUGAUAUAAUUAUAAUGGAGAAUCUAGAGGUGCUCAAAGGAGUGGAAAAUUUCAGUUUAAGUGAAGAUGAUGUUAAAAGAAUUCCCAAUAUCAUGAAAUUGGAUGUGAUUUACAAUGUGGAACUAACUGAGAGAGUGGACUGUGUCAGCUAUCUUCAGUGUUUUAGUAAACUGGAAUCCUUGACGGUAUUCGUCAGGUUUAAUGAUAGAAAGUGUCCGCUGAAGAUGAGUUUCCCACCAUCACUUAAGAAGUUACGUCUCACUGUGCCAACUAAUUUUGAGUUGGAAGACAUACUGCCAUUGUUAGGUGCUUUACCACUUCUUUGGAGGCUCACAUUACAGAACGGACGCUUCAGAACACGAAACUGGGAAACAAUUGAAGGCCAAUUCCGGAGUCUCAGGUCACUAGCAUUGAGCGGAUGUGAUGAUCUAGAAGACUGGACAGUGUUAGAGAGUUCCCACUUUCCACUUCUUAAGGAGCUUCAUCUUUUGAAUUUAGAUGCAUUGAAGGAGAUCCCUUCAGAAAUUGGAGAAAUAGCAACACUCAAUUCAAUUAAAUUGGAUUGGUGCAGUAUAUCAGUGGUGUUGUCAGCUAAACAGAUAUUGGAGGAGCAACAGGAUUUACAUGGAGACGAAUUAGACCUUCAUGUAAUCGUUAGACUUCGGGAAAAAGAUGAAGAAUUGCUAAAGUUAGCCACUUCCAAUUUUCAAGUUUCCUCCCUAACCUGAUUUCAGCGCUUUUCUUUUCUGUAUACUUUCCUCCUAUUUUUAAUGAAUUAUUCUCACUCUUUCGCUUCA